AUGAAAGCCCGUAGCAUUUAUGGCCGUGACGUCCUUCAUUGCCUGCCGGACUUGCUAGAUAGAGGAGAAGAAGAAAGGUUGGUAUGCCUGUGUAUAGCAUAUAUUACUCUUGGGAGCAGUCAACGGGCAAAGGCUGUAGCUGAUGUUGCUGGAUUAAUGGACCCUCUAUGCCAACUGGCUAAGGCUAGACAAAUGGACGUUGCUGUUGCUGCAAUUUCAAAUGCUAUUAUCGGUAUCAGUGAUGAUUCGUACAUCAAUGAAUUGGUGGAUUGCUGCAUAGGUCCUCUGUGUGAUUAUCUUGGCGUCUUUGGUAAUAAAAUAAUUUGCACCAUUAGUCUUAAAGGAGUAGAAAACAUAUUGGAGUAUGGGGAAAAGCACAAGGGACCUGACGGCACUAAUAUUUAUGCUAAGCGGAUCGAAGAGGCUGGGGGAUUGAAAAAUCUUAACGGCAUGUAUUGUUCUUUGACCAUGAAACUCCAGGCUUAUGAAAUAUUGAGUAAAUACUGGCCUGCCAACGGAACCUCAUGCAAAGGUGUCCCGACAUAUACAAUCCCACCUUUGAAGAAUUAUUAUAGAAGAAGACGUGAAAGAGGAAGUAAGAUUUGUGCAGCUUUGACCUAG